UGCUUCUCACGCUGACCUGUCUGGCUAGCUUUGUACGACCUGCAGGCCCCUCAUCUCGCGAACGACCUCCGGGACGAUUACAGCUUUGGCCAAUUGAAAUCCGAACCCGCAUUCGAAGAUCCCGUGAAGAACCGAAGAGACGGGAGACUCGCAGAUUCGAAAAAUCGUAGACAGACCGCAUUUCGGAAAGCAGACCAGUUCCAGUUGUAGAAUGUACUUUCGCUCAAUCCUGUUCGUCCUGGCAGUAUUUACAUCAGCACUGGCCGAUAAACCGUCCAGUGAUGUUGUUCCUGUUAAGCGAGCUCCUAUGGGAUUCCAGGGGAUGCGGGGGAAGAAGGACGUGACGUCAUUAGAGCACGAUGAAUACUUGAAGAGGGCUCCUAUGGGCUUUCAGGGGAUGCGGGGCAAGAAGGAUCAGAUGGGUCCCGAUAUUGAGCAGAAUUUCAUCCACGACGAUUACGAAAAACGGGCGCCUAUGGGCUUUCAGGGUAUGAGGGGAAAGAAGGACUACUUCGAGUCAGAUAUCGACGAUAAUUUUGACAUUAACAACUUCGAAGAGGACUACGGCAAGAGGAUGAUGAUGGGGUUUCAGCAAAUGCGGGGAAAGAAGGCUUUGAUCGAUGAUGACGAACAGUACAAACGCGCUCCGAUGGGGUUCCAGGGGAUGAGAGGAAAAAAAUCAUUGGAGGAGGUGAUGGACGAAAUUGAAAAACGGGCACCAAUGGGCUUCCAAGGCAUGAGGGGCAAAAAAAUGUAUCUACCGGAAAUUUCCGACAGUUAUGAGAAGCGAGCAAUGAUGAUGGGCUUUCAAGGAAUGAGAGGUAAAAAAGCUGAGCUUGAUGCUGACUGGGAUAAACGAGCGCCAAUGGGAUUCCAAGGAAUGAGAGGGAAAAAGAGUCUGCAGGACGAAAUUGAGGAGCUCGAGAAACGCGCUAUUAUGGGAUUUCAGGGGAUGAGAGGCAAGAAGGACAGUGCGAGUGGUCUCGAAAAUUUUUUCGAUCACUACCAAAAGCGGGCUCCAAUGGGAUUCCACGGUAUGCGGGGGAAGAAAGACGACGACGAUUGGGAAAAAAGAGCCCCUAUGGGAUUCCAGGGAAUGAGAGGAAAGAAGGAUGAUUCGCGCCAGGAUGACGUCUACGGAAUUGACACUCGCUUUGAUAAAAGGGCACCGAUGGGAUUUCAAGGAAUGCGAGGUAAAAUGGACGACGAGCCAUUGCAGUUUGAGAAGCGAUCACCCUACGGUAUGUUUGGAACACGUGGAAAAAAAAAUCCGAGGUGGGAAAUCCGCGGAAAAUUCGUUGGAGUUCGGGGCAAGAAAUGGGCCCCGGAAACUGAACUGCUCGUUGACCAAGACGAGACGGUCAGCAACAAUUUACUUGAUAACAUCGAAAGGAUCGACACCAAAACUGAAUUUUCCCCCACAAUAGGUAACAUAGAUGUCCUUCAGUAACUAGCUGCAACCGCUACAGCAUGACUAUAUUCUGAAAAGAUAAAAAUAAUU